AAAGAUGAGUUUAUGGGAAUAUGCUGACAUAGCAUUUAACCGGUAAUGUUUGUGUUUGCUGGGUGUGUGUGGAUGUUAUUGGGAAUUUACUGGUAAAAGAAGUUUACUGUGAAAUACGGCCAUUUCUGAGCUGUAAUCGGGAGUUUACUGACCCCACUUUGUUGCCACGGGUAGAGGAACAGCAGGGGACCUGCUUAAGGCCUUUGUUUAAAAAGGAGCCAUCAAACAAGAGCCAUCAAACGGCCAUCAACACUUCUGUGAGUUACCAUUCAAACUCCCCCAACCUAUGCCCAAUUGGCCCACGUGAAUAGCAAAUGGAGAUAGGGCCUUUAUGUUAUUGCGGGGGCGUGGCUAAGAAUUGAUUCAGCAAUGUCAUUGGUUUCUGUCUCACAGCGUUGAGAGUUGCGGGGGUCUUUAAAGUUUUUCCUAGUUAGUUUGUUUUGCUCCCGCCCGGUAGAACUUUUUUUGCUUUUGAGGAGAUACUGCUGCGUUGUUGUAAAACAUGUCGCAUAAACGGUCCUUGGGCUUUUAUCCAAAUCAGAGCGCACACUACAAGACAUGGACGGCAGAUUUGAACUACUGGACGAGGAAGUGAAGAACUUAAGCUCUGAUCGUGUUGAAACUUUCAGCUCCGAUUCCACACCCGCAAAACGGAUUAAAAGAGCAGAGAACACACGUGUUGCUGAGGCUGUAAGACGUUUACACAAUUCUGAAAACAACGCUAUGAAGCUGGAUCCAAAACAAAGUAUCAAUUCUCCACAUAACCUUGCAGUUACGACAUACAUGUUGGAGCAGGUCGGCAUUGCUUUUCCUGACACAGACAGCGACGUGAUAACAGCUGCUUGCAAGACUUAUUUUGAGUCUUUGAAAAGGAGCCAUCGUCUCGAUCAGCCAGAAAAUGCUCCCCAGAAAAAGAAAUUAAACAAUGCAAUGAAGACUAGACAACGGAAAACAAGGUUGCUGGCCUCCAGGGCUAGAUGUGUACAGACUGACGCUGAAAGGGCUGUGUGGGCACGUGCAACCCUUGACCUGAUGUCAGAAGAAGAAGAUGGCGUCGUAGAUGGACGGGCGGUGUGGAUAGUUUCACCUCCACCCCAAAGAGACGAAGAGCUUUCUGAUUUGUGCCAGGUGCUUCAGCAGAGGAAAGACAAGCAGAGUGCAGGGAGACAAUGGCUCGUUUUUAGCUCUGUUAAACUCUUAAGUUGACCCGUUUGGUAGAGGAGCUGGGGCCAUUCAGAUCAAACUGUAAAAAAAAAAAAACUGCAAGAGAGAGAAGUGCUCACUGACUGGACUUAGUUUUGUGGAAGAUUUGCUUUUAAAAGUGCCUUUUUUGUUUUUUUCAUGUGGACACACACUGAACUUUUUGGAAUACUGUGUUUUAAUUUUCUGCAAUAAA